UGCUGUACACAGUGGUCCUACCCCUGAGGCCUCACUCCCGUUUCUGAGGCCUCACUCUGUCCUGUAAUAACCCCAGGGCUGGAGAGAGCUGGAGGACUGAGUUUGCAGAAGUUUUCUGACAUCCCCAUAGCAACCCUGUGUGAGGUCAUGCACAGAGGCUUAGCACAUUCUUGUGCCCAAUCAGCAGGCCUCCCUAUGCUCUUCACCAGUGUCCAGGCCAACAGGGCAGGACAGGAGAAGGGCUGGGGCCAGCAUGGAAGGCGGCAGAGGCACCAUAGCCGUGCCAUGGGGCCAGCAACCCUGGCUCUGCCUGGCUUCUACCGGAUGAUUUGUAUCCUAGCGGGGUGGCCUGAGCAGCUCAUUGCUUCUGCAGGCCUCAGUACCCUCAUCUGUGAAACGAGGACGGAAAAAUCCCUCCUUCGUGGGCUCUCAAGGACACUAAAUGACAAGGUGAGGGUGCCCAUAAAGGACCUGGCACAGGGCACACAGUCGCGACCCCUGGGCACUGCUCCCCAUCUUCUUCCAGGAGUGGCUACUCCAGCUCUGGGGCAAUCAAGGGCUCUGAGGCUCCAGUAUGGAGAGAGAGUAAUGUGUUCCCAGGGUAGUGAGAACUCGAGCUGCCCCAUCAGAGAGGGGGGAACCAAGCCCAGGCCUGAUUGCAUCCCUGGAGAACCCAACCUCAGUGCUCUGAGGCGCAACCGGCCCAUGAACCCGGUCAGUGGCUACCAGCUCUGCCUGCAGUCACGGGACCCUGCUAGAAUCACGGGGAGCUUCCAGCGGUGCCCAGCCCCACUCCCAGGAGGUUGUCUGUUGCAGUUGUCUGAGCUGGAGCUGGGGCAGCUUUCCUUUUCUACAGUACUCGGCACUGAGCUAAAUCCCCAGCCCUUUUUGAGACAGGAUCGCACUAAGUUUCCCAGGCUUGGCUCAAAUUUAUGACCCUCCUACCUCAGCCUCUGAGUGCUGGGCUUACAGGGUUGGGGCACUAGGUCUGAAAGCUCCUCAGGUGAUUCUCAUGUGUAGCCAGGGCUGAGCCACUGGACAAAUGCUGCCAUCUUGGUGGCUCUGUGAGAAGCAGCAGUGAUGAAGAGGGAGGACCCGGACCUUGGUAACACAUGGGCUACACGCA